AUGGCUCAGAAACUUCUCAACAAGAUGUUUAGCUUUAAUCCCAAGUUUGAUUGUAGCUCUCAUAGGUGGCUCGCCGGAGCAGGAAAGUUAAUUAUCAUUGCAUCGAUUCCAUCUGUGACUUGGCCCAUUGGUGGACUUAUUAUGGGUAUCAACAUAUUCUAUCUACUAAGCAGUUUCAUCAAGAUGCUUGGUCACGGGAAGCUUGUAGCCAUUGUCUUCUUAGGACUUCUUGGAUUCUCAGGCAUUGCCAUUUACUUAGCUGCCAUUGGUUACCUUGUCCUCCGUAAAAACAGAGAGCCCUCCUCAAAGUUCCUACCCUCCAGUAACUCUCAGCCCACGGAAACACUUCCUAGAGAAGACAUUGUGAACAUGCAGUUACCUAAUGGAGUAGCGGUUGCAGGCAACUUAGAUUAG